AUGAAAUAAAUUCCUUGUUUUAAACAUGAAGGAUCCUUUAUACUUUUCAUUAAAGUUGAAAAAGACAAAACAGAAUUUGUUUGUGAUGAAUGUUGUUUGGAUUUAUAAACUAAAUCAGUCAAUGUGAAUUAUUAAGAAUUGAUUCAUGUUAAAAAUGCUUUAAAGUCCCCUGAAUUUUUUUUAUCAAAAUUGAAAAUAUCAACACCUGUUUAAGAAUAUUUAAUUAAAUUAGAUAAAUGUAAUAAAUAAGCCAUGGAUAAUAUUCUUGAGGAAUUUGAAACUAAAAUUUCUUAAAUAUAAAAUAUCCUUCUAGAAGUAUAAUAAGAAUUAAAAAACUAAGUUAAUUGUAUUUUAGAGAAGAAGAAUAAAAUUAGAGAUGAAUUGCAAAAGAUAACCCAAUUUGAUAAAUUUAAAUAGUUUGCAAUUAAUUUUUAAUAACUAGGAGAUAACAUUAAACAUGAAGAUAUAAUAUAAAAUGAAAAGAUUCUUCAUUAAUAUUUAGAAGAUCUUACAAAAAAUGAUUGUAAUGAAUUAAAUUAAAAAUUGAUUGAUGUGCUAGAUAGAAUAAAAAGGGAACCAGAGGAUCCAAAUCAGGAAUUUUACCCUUAAUAUAGGGAAUUAGAAAGAUAAUUUAAAUCCUUGAAUUUUAGCUAAGCAGAAUUUGUUUAGUAAUUCAAUUUAAUAUAUUUUGUAUAAGUUGCAAUAAUUUAUGAUGGAAGGUUGAUGUCAUAUUAUUAAUAAUAAAAGAUUAUGAGUAUCCUUUAGUCUAGAUUGAAUAAAAAAGUAAUCAACUUUUAACAAAUAUAUUUGGGCACCAGAGAUGGAUUAAAUGGAUAAAGUUUUUGGAGUAAAGUCCAAGGAAAUACAAAUUUAUUAAUGAUAUUUAAAUCCAAAAGUGGAUAUAUUUUUGGGGGGUUUUCUCCAUGUUAAUGGCAAUAAUAUGUGAAUGCUUAUGUUCAGGAUAAUACAAUGUCAUCAUUCAUAUUUUCAUAGACUCAUGAUUAAAUAUAUCAUUUAAAGGAGGCAAAUAAAACAUAGGCUAUCUACUGUCAUUAAUCAUAUGGACCUACUUUUGGGGCUUAUGAUAUUUAUUUUGGUGCGGAUUUUCAAAGUGGUUCAUCUAAUUUAGGGACUUCAUAUUAAUGUGAUUAAUACUAGAUUGCUACUAAGAACACCCAUUUAUUUGGUUAGACAACCCCAAAUAUAGUAGAAUGUGAGAUUUAUCAAGUAAAACUAUGUUGA